AUGGCUUCAACAGCUGCUCUCCAAGCUCGCCUCAAAGAGCUCUCAAUAGCUCUGGCUCAGAUACACCCGCUCAUCGAUCGCCUAAGGAAUUUCACAAUGGCUAUUGGUCAAGGUGACGAGGCCCGCCUGGAAUUAGGACAGGAAAUACAUGGCUCAUUGAAAGAGGCCGAAGAGCAGAUGGAGAUCCUGAAGGUUGAAGUUGAGGCUCUCGAAACUGGUAAUGAAGGCGCACGGAAAAGUGUGGACAAUUCGAAAGAGAUGGAAAAAGAGCGGAUCGUUUCGUUGACGGGGAGGUUGACCGAUGAGAUCAAGAGGACGAGGGUGGAAUUUCGCAAUGCUCAGCUCCAGGCGAAACGAAAUGCGGAGGCUGCAAAACGCAAGGAGAGGGAGCUAUUGUUUUCGAGGUCACAGAGCGCCGAGCGCCGAAGUCAAUCUACCGAGAAGCUGUCGCAUGAUGAUAUUGUCAAGAACGCCUCAAGCGAUGUUACCGCAGCAUUGCGCAGGACGCACCAGCUGAUGCAGGCGGAACUAUCUCGAAGUCAAUUCGCCCACCAGACUCUAGAACAAUCGACAGCUGCCCUAUCUUCAUUGUCGGAGUCCUACACCGAUCUCGACUCUCUCCUCUCAUCCUCCCGCAACCUCAUCGGUUCUCUCCUCAGAUCCCAAAAGUCUGACACUUGGUACCUGGAAACAGCGUUCUAUAUUCUGGUUGGAACAAUAUCUUGGCUCAUAUUCCGUCGCAUAUUAUAUGGACCACUCUGGUGGCUUGUGUGGCUGCCGAUUAAACUGACAACGAAGUUCGCAUUCGCUGUCAUUGGAACAGUCGGGAUCACUAGCACGGCCGUUCAAUCACAUUCUUCAGCAUCACUCAGUCAAAGCAUGCCUCAGGAAGCACCAACGUUGGGACAAACUGCCUUCAUGCCUAGCGCUUCCAUCAGCGCUUCCGAAGAGCAACCUGAAACUGAUCGCAUGAUUGAUCAGAUUGGCGAUAUGGUAGACAAGAACGGCAGAUUGGAGGAAGAAACCAACAUCGACGAUGUGUCACCGGAAGAGAGGCAACGACAGGAAGAGAUCCCCCGAAAUCCAAAGAAACGCAUGUACGAAGCUACGGAAGUCGAACAAAACCGGAGAGAUGAAUUAUAG